AAGUCCUGCAGGAGAGCAGGUGAAAACCUGACAGACUGUGAGCCAAGAGCCUGCGGGGGGAUUUCCAUGCUUAGACCCUGCUGACUGCUGAUCCCAGCCUCCUGAGAGACCAAGCAGACCCCCCACCACAACCCCUUCUACCUCCAACACCUCCACCUCUCAGCUGCUUAACUAGAUUCAAGUGCAGCUACUGUAAUCAGGGCUACUUGCUUUUCUCCUGCGCCUACCUCUCUUCUCACUUUAUGCCAAAAAAUCUGAAAUUUUAAGGUACUGGCAACAUCUGCUGAACCGCACCAUGCAGAGGAGCCCCUGCCUGCCUCAUACAGAGGCUGAACAGCAUCGUGUGAGUGAGGGUGGCGUGUCUAACAGUUUCAAAGCCCUUGGAUGCUACGAGCAGCUGGAUCCCAAGGACAGUCAGGUCUCCGAGGACCCCCGAGAAUACUGUUAUGGUGGGUACCACCCCAUCCAGAUAGGGGACACCUUCAACAGAAGAUACCAGGUGGUGUCCAAACUCGGCUGGGGUUAUUUCUCCACUGUAUGGCUCUGCCAGGACCUCAAGCUUGAUCGGCGUGUUGCUGUGAAGGUGUUGAAGAGUGGGGCUGGCUUUACCCAGGCCGGAGAGGAUGAACUGGCUCUCCUGCGAUGUGCCAGUGGUUCUGUGGGCUGUCACCCUUUUGGCCAAACGAUUGUUCGACUGCUAGAUGAGUUUAAGCUGGUUGGGGUCAAUGGGGUACACAUUUGCCUGGUGCUGGAGCUGCUGGGGCCUGACCUGAGGAGCUUGCAGCUCUGCUUUGGGAAUCCAGGACUGUUGCAGCCUUGGGUCAAACAAAUACUUAUCCAGGUCCUGCAGGGCCUGGACUACCUUCACUCUCAGUGUAAAAUCAUCCACACAGACAUCAAGCCAGAAAACAUCCUUGCGUGUCUGGAAGAGCAGUCCCACAAAGCACCAGCAGGUGGCAGCAGCUCCUCCUCGAUACAGACUGGGAAGGAAGCCAGUUUACCAGAAUGGAGGCAGGUAAACCCGUACAGCUUAAAGGAAAUUGCAGUGAAGAUUGCUGACUUGGGGAGCUCCUGCUGGGUGUACAAACAUUUCUGUGAGGAGAUCCAGACCCGACAGUAUCGCUCACUAGAGGUUUUGCUGGGAUCUGAGUACGGCCCACCUGCUGACAUCUGGAGUGUCGCAUGCAUGGCCUUUGAGUUGGUCACUGGAGACUCACUGUUUGAGCCCAGAGCCAGUGAGUCCAUUUCCCUGGAGGAAGAUCAUAUUGGCCAGAUAAUGGAGCUGCUUGGCAAAAUCCCAGCCGCUGUUGCCUUGUCGGGUAAAUACUCUGCCGAGUACUUCAGCUGCAGAGGUGACCUGCGUCAUGUCGGUCCGCUGAGGUUCUGGAGCCUCUAUGAGGUUUUGGUGGAGAAAUACCACUUCCUGUUGGAGGAGGCCUCUGUGUUCUCUGACUUCCUACUUUCCAUGUUGAAUUAUCACCCAGAGAAGAGGGCCACUGCUGCACAGUGUCUUCGCCACCCUUGGUUGACUUCCUGUUAGCUUCUUGUUAGGCCUCUUCAGCCCUUAUAGUCAGAUGCUUUAAGUUGCUGCUAGACUUUGUUGAUUUCAGGGCAUCUUUGCGUCUUCACAGCAUCUGAUGGGCUUCUUAUACAACACUGAAAAAAGAAGAAUUUGAACUUUGCUAUAAGAGCCCGACAUUGAGCUUUUUCAACUUCCUUGCGAUUUGUUGAUCAACCCUGAGAAGCUCAGCUCUGACACUGCUAACCAGUGUGAAGUUCUCAAUCUGCAACCAAGGGUGGAGUUUUAUUCUUUAGUAAUUUUGAAUAUGAUUUUCUAUCUGAGAAUGACUGAAACUGUAAUCAUUUGUUGAUCUUUUACAGUGCAUGUGCUCUGUUAGUUUAAGUUUUGUACAGUAAAGUGAAGCACUUUAAAGAAUAAAGUGACGUUAGAAGGAGUGCGAAUCCAA